AUGGCAAUGCUCAAUGCCCUGUUGAGCAGCCUGGCCUUACGGUGUGGUACUGGCUCUAGGGUUGGGAGAGACAAGCGGUUGGAGAGAGAAUAUGGCAGGAGUGGAGCUGUACUUCAAAAACUAGGAAAAGCAGAUGAAACAAAAGAUGAACAAUUUGAAGAAUAUGUUCAGAAUUUCAAGCGGCAAGAGGCAGAGGGUUCCAGGCUUCAGAGAGAACUGAGAGGAUAUUUAGCAGCUAUCAAAGGAAUGCAAGAUGCCUCAAAGAAACUUACAGAGUCUCUUCAUGAAGUAUAUGAACCAGACUGGUAUGGACGAGAAGACGUGAAAAUGAUUGGAGAGAAAUGUGACGAACUCUGGGAAGACUUCCAUCAAAAACUGGUGGAUGGGUCAUUAUUGACCUUGGAUACGUAUCUAGGACAAUUUCCUGAUAUCAAAACUCGCAUUGCAAAACGAAGCAGAAAGCUAGUGGACUUUGACAGUGCAAGACAUCAUCUAGAAGCCCUGCAGAGCUCAAAAAGAAAAGAUGAAGGCAGAAUUACCAAGGCAGAAGAAGAAUUUCAAAAAGCACAGAAAGUUUUUGAAGAGUUUAACACUGAUUUACAAGAAGAGUUGCCAUCUCUGUGGUCACGACGAGUUGGCUUCUAUGUGAACACCUUCAAAAAUGUAUCCAGCCUCGAAGCCAAGUUUCACAAGGAAAUAGCUUUACUAUGUCACAAACUAUAUGAAGUAAUGACGAAGCUGGGAGAUCAGCACGCAGACAAGGCCUUCACCAUUCAAGGGGCACCAAGUGAUUCAGGUCCACUCCGCAUUGCAAAAACACCGUCACCACCAGAGGAGGUCUCUCCCCUGCCCAGCCCUACUGCAAGUCCCAACCAUAUGCUGGCACCAGCAUCUCCUGCACCAGCCCGACCUAAGUCACCCACACAGCUGAGGAAAGGUCCACCAGUCCCACCACUACCCAAGCUCACGCCUACAAAGGAGCUGCAGCAGGAGAAUAUCAUUAACUUCUUUGAUGAUAACUUUGUCCCAGAAAUCAGUGUGACGACCCCAUCACAGAAUGAAGUUCCUGAAGCUAAGAAAGAAGAAUCUUUGCUAGAUUUGGACUUUGACCCUUUCAAGCCAGAAAUUGUAUCCACGGGAGUUAUUCAUUCACCAAUGUCUCAGACAUUGCCGUGGGAUCUGUGGACGACAAGCAGCGAAUUGGUGCAGCCGGCAUCCAGCACAGCAUUUAAUGGAUUUGCACAGGAUACCUCUGCAUUUGCAGUGCAAUCAAAUGAGAACAUGGCAGAACCAUUGACCGAGGCUGAAGAAGCUCCAGCUGGAGAACCCAAGGUUGAGGAAGCCCUUGCUGCUGCUCCUGCAGAAAAGGAGGCCAUCCUCACUGAACCUGCCGAGCCAGCAGACCAGGCUGUGGUCAGUGUCGAGGCAGGGGAUAAGGAGACAACUGGAGUUGCUGAGAAAGAAAGCGAGGUGGUACCUGUCAGCGAGGGAGCUGUGGCAGCAGAAGAUGACAUGGCUGUGGCAGCAGGAACUGGUGAUGCCGCUGAGCAGGAGAGUGUUGCUGAAGGUGACAAACCUCAGGGAGAAGAAAAGGAGGUGUCUCUUUCCCACAACAAGGUCAGCAGCAUCCCUUCAGUAGUAAUAGAGCCAGCAUCAAACAAUGAAGGGGAGGGAGAAGAACAUGAAGUUAUCAUGAAUGAGUCCAAAGAUGCUGCAACAGAGAUGGGCACUCAGGACACUGACAUAUCUCACAGUGAAACUUCCCAAGCUGGAAGUGAGCAGAAACCCGCUGAAGAUAUCCAGACUUCACCUUCUCAAGAUCAGCCUGUUGCAGCAGAAGAUGCAGCUUCUGCAGUGCCACCUGGCUUUCUCUUUAAGGUUGACUUCUUCAUUGUUCUUUUAGACAUCCUUUCAGAUCUAGCUCCUGUAGAUGCGUUUGUCUGCACGAAUACUCUGAUGGUUUCUUGA